AUGAAGGUCAUCUUUGGCCUCGUAUUUCUAGCACAUAGCGUUUACGCUUGGUUGCCCGGCAUCGACCGCGAUCUGGAUGCUUUCAACACAACACACGUUUACAAACAGUUACAAGAACGCAAUUUCACGCAAUACUUCGCUCCAACUCUUCCAAGCGGAGUCAGAAAGAUUCGAGGGGUUAACUUUGGCGGCUGGCUAAUAUCAGAGCAAUGGAUGAUGCAGGACGAAUGGAGUAACACCAUGGGUUGCGGGAACUCAGCCUCAGAGUUUGAUUGCAUGCGUGACCAUUACUCGGGCGAUCAACGAGAGACCGGCAACCAGAAAUUCGAAGACCAUUGGAGUUCAUGGAUUACUCCCGAUACUGUCGACUCAGUCAACUAUGUCGGCCUGAACACAAUUCGCAUUCCCAUUGGGUAUUGGUCCUACACCGAGAUUGUUGAUCAGUCCUCGGAGCCUUUCGCAGACGGCGAUCGAAUGCUGCCUUAUCUGGACGCCGUCGUCGAAAGGGCCGCCCAGAACGGCAUGUAUGUAGUUAUUGAUUUCCAUGGCGCUCCUGGUGGUCAACAAGAAGACAUCUUCACCGGGCAAAACAAUCACCCAGCAGGCUUCUUCAACGACUACAACUACGGCCGUGCAGAGCAAUGGCUAUCCUGGAUGACAAAUCGAAUCCAUACCAACUCAGCGUAUCGUACAGUGGGAAUGAUCGAAGUCCUUAACGAGCCAGUCUCAAUGCACGACAAGAACUCAGACGGAAGCAAUCGUUAUCCAGCUCCUGGCGAAGACCCCGGCCUAGUCCAGACAUACUACCCAGCAGCCCUUGCGGCUGUACGAUCCGCGGAAGACAACCUCAACAUCGCCAGCUCGCAACGUCUACAUGUACAGUUCAUGUCUCAAAAGUGGCUGUCAGGGGAUCCACGAUCGACUUCAGCUGUACAGAAUGACCAGAUGACGAGCUACGAUGACCACAACUACAUCGGCUUCGCACUUCAGAGUACCAGCGAUCAAUACCAACUGAUACACAGUGCCUGCACUGACUCCCGCCUCGUCAGCGGCGAAGACUUCCUGAUCACCGGCGAAUGGAGCAUGACCUCAGGAGUUGACCCCAACGACAAGACCUUCUUCCAAAAGCUCUUUACUGCACAGCAACAGCUCUAUGAGGUUCCUGGAAUGUCAGGUUGGAUGUUCUGGACGUGGAAGACGCAGUUGAAUGAUCCUCGUUGGACGUAUUCGGAUGCGACGUCUUUGGGCUAUAUUCCUACGAAUGCGGCGGAUUUGGAUAACAAUGUGUUUCAGGAUGUGUGCAGUGGAUAUACAUAG